AUGCGGAAGGUUGGAGAGGGAGUGAGGAGCCUCAUCGAUCCAGGCAACACCCUGCCCCACCUGCCUCCACCGCAGGAGGUCCUGGAGUCGGCUGCCUCGGCGCGCACCUCCAUCGAUGCCGGCGGCGGCCCGGGGCCCCACCUGGUCCCUUCGGAUCGGGUCCUCAAGCUGUGGCGCACCGCGCAGGCCGUGUGCUUCGACAUUGACUGCACCGUGGCCAAGAAUGACCAGCUGGAUCUGUUGGCCGAUUUCAUGGGCGUGGGGGAGCAGGUGGCCGCCAUCACAAACUCGGCCAUGGAUGGCAGCAUGAGCCUGGAGGAGGCGCUGGAGCAGCGGCUGGCAGUCAUCAACUGCACUCCAGCAGACAUUCAGGGCUUCCUCAAGGCCCACCCCGCCGAGAGCCGCCUGACGCCGGGAGCCAAGGAGCUCAUUCAGCAGCUGCAGCGUCGCGGUGUGGCGGUGUACCUCAUCAGCGGCGGCUUCCGCGAGCUGUGCUUGCCCAUUGUGCGGGCGCUGGGCGUGCCGCCCAAGAACCUGUUUGCCAACCGCAUGAACUGGCAGGUUGAUGACGACACGGGCAUGCCGACGAAGCUGGUCGGGUUUGAUUUGCGGGAGCCCACGGGGCACCAGGGCGGCAAGCCGCUCGCCAUCGCCCGCCUGCGAGAGCUGUUCCCUUACGAGACUGUGGUGAUGGUGGGGGACGGCAUCACAGACCUGGAGGCGGUGCAGGAGACGGGCGGCGCAGACAUGUUUGUGGGCUUUGGCGGCGUGGUGGCGCGCGAGGUGGUGAUGCAAGCAGCGGACUGGUUCGUCACCGACUUUGAUGUGCUGCAGGAGUCGCUGCCACGCCACCGCGUGGCCAUGAUUGGCUCUGGCGCCUGGGCAUGCGCCGCUGUCAAGCUGAUUGCCGAGAACACGGCCAACCCCGACAAUGUGGACAAGUAUGUGCCGGAGGUGCGGAUGUACACGUACGAAGAGGAGGUGGAGGGCAGGUGGCUUACCGAGCUGAUCAACGAGCGGCAUGAAAACAUAAAAUACAUGCCCGGCUGCUUUCUAGGCGCCAACGUGGUGGCCUGCUCAGACCUGGUGGAGACGGUCAAGGACGCCACCGUGCUCGUCUUCUGCGCUCCCCACCAGUUCAUUCACCGCAUGGUGAAGACGCUGGCGGGGCACGUUAGCAAGGAUGCCGUCGCCAUCUCGCUCAUUAAGGGCAUGCGCGUGCGCCCCGACGGCCCGCAGCUGAUCAGCGAGCUGAUCCGCAAGGAGCUGGGGCUGGACUGCAGCGUGCUGAUGGGCGCCAACAUCGCGGCAGACAUUGCGCGGGGGGAGCUGAGCGAGGCCACCAUCGCCUACAGCGUGCUUGACCACGCGCUCCUGCUGCAGGACCUGUUUGAGCGCCCCUCCUUCAUCAUCACCCUGGUGCCAGACGUGGUGGGGGCGGAGAUGUGCGGCACUCUGAAGAACAUCGUGGCGCUGGCGGCGGGCUUUGUGGAGGGGCUGGGCUACGGGCCCAACACCAAGGCGGCCAUCAUGCGGCAGGGCCUGAACGAGAUGCGGCGCUUUGCCAAGGCGCUCUACCCCACCGUCAGGCGCGCCGCUGCCGCCAGCUCGGACGACACCUUCUUCGAGUCGUGCGGCGUGGCAGACCUGAUUGCCACCUGCUACGGCGGGCGCAACCGCCUGGUGGCGCGAGAGUUCGUGGCUGCUGAGCUGGCGGGGGCGGCCACCACGUUUGCAGAGCUGGAGGCCAAGCUGCUCAACGGGCAGAAGCUGCAGGGGGUGCUGACCAGCGACGAGGUGCAGGCCAUCCUGUUCCGCCGGGGCUGGGAGAAGGACUACCCGCUGUUCACCACGGUGAAUCGCAUCGUCAACGGCCAGCUGCCCGGCUCCUCCAUUGUUGAGUACAAGUCUGCCGCGCUGCUGCCCAUGCACAGCAGCGCCGACCAGUCGGCCGACGAUCUGCGCAGCCUGGCCAUCUCCGGCGGCAGCAACGGCGGCAAGCUGGUGGCAGCAGCAUGA